AAUCUCAAACCCUACAAAACACAAUUUUCCCGCUCCUCUCUACCCCACUCUCUAGUCUCUAGAAUCCUUCCUGCAAAUCUUCGCGACCUUUUCCUCAUUUUUCAAUCGCUUCAUGCACAUGCGCUUCUACAGUUUCAGAUCUAGGCAGUAAUGGAGGCUCCGCAGGCCUGCUCAGAACUCACUCGCCCACUCGCCGCCGCCGGCGCAACUCUCACCGAUUUACACAAGGCAUGGCACGUUUUCGCCCUGCUCAUGUCAAUUCGACGGCCAGCCCUGCCGCCAGAGCUCGCAUCUCGGUGUACGCUUUUCCAUACCACUCCGGAUUUCAUUCAAUUCCUUUGCACGAUCCCUUAUUCUCCACUCCAUUUGACUCGAGAAUGCCUCGUCACGUUCUCUCCGGUUGUGUACAUUACAUUCGCUAAAUUUGUUGCGUGUGUGAACGAAAUUGCCGCUGUUUUUCCUGGAUUAAAGUUCGAAGGGUUCACGUCUGGAAGAGCUGUUGACGGUGAGUUGCGGACUUAUUACAGGAAGAAGAAAAGGACGAGAUGGACAGUGGAUGGGUUGCCUGUGUUAAAAAAGAGAAGAACUUUAGAUAGUUUGUAUGCCGAGAAAGGAAAUCAUGUGGUGAUGGAAUUGCCUGGAGAGACGCAGGAUGUAUAUGCUAAGGAAUGCUUUCAGGAUGACAAUUAUAUGAGUAUGAACAUAGAUACUUGGGAACCAUUGUGCUUGGCCUCUGACAAUGGACUGGGGAAAAUAUUUACUACCUGCAGUAUUGAUGUCUGCAAUGAGGCUUUUAGACAUGGAUCUGAUAGCAUACAAUGUAAUGAUGAACCAAUGUCAGAUAAAAUUGGAAGCAAAACUGAAGCAGGUACUGUACAUUCAAUUGUGUCUAAAGCUGAGUUCCUGUAUGAUGAGACUUUUUUGAACUUCCCUGAACCAAUAGAGAAAGUGAACACAUAUUCCACCCCUCAAUUAAAGCCACUUCAGCGGACUGGUCUAGUGGAAAAUCACAUAGCAAGUACAGAAAUGGAGGUGUAUGAUAUUACUAAAAUUAAAGUAAACUCCAAAAUAACUUCUUGCUUGUUAGAUCAACGGACACCAGUUCCAGCAGCAGAGCUUGAUACAGCUAUUUAUUCCUAUCCAAGGAUCAUUGAAACUGAAAGAUCUGUGGAAGGAAUAGAAGAACUAUUCUCUUGCACAGUUGGAAAUAGAUUUGGUGUCAACCAUAUACCAAUUAACUCAAGUAACAGAGAGAAGUCAGCUGAAGGCCACCAUAACAUUCAUGCAGCAACUGUGGGGAGUGGUUUGUUCAAAUCUUUGGAUGAUGAGGAAAAUAAGGUGCCAAUACAUAGUCAUGCUAUCUUAGGACAAAAAUUGUCUUUUGAUGGGAAGCAACUUGCAACAUGUGCUCCUAGUUCAAAAUGCGUUCUUAAGGAUGCCUUGAUUACUGCACAGCCAACUGUCUACAAGCCUCUUGACAAUGGUGCGCCGGCCAGUCCUUUUCUAGAGAAGGAGCCAAUUAAUAGAAAUGGGAAGCCAAUCUCUGCAAAGAAGAAGCUAAAUUAUAAUCAUGAUGUCUACAAGCCACUUGAUAAUGAUGUGCCGGUCAGUCCUUGUCCAGAGAAGGAGCCAAUUAAUAGAGAUGUGAAGCCAAUCUCUGCAAAGAAGCCAAAUUAUAAUCAUGAAAUGCUUUUGGAUACCAAAACAAGGAAUGGAAAUUUUAAAGAAAAAAGACAAGACUUAAAUCCCCACUCUGCAAAAGAACAAAUAGAGCAAAAAGAGCUGCCAAACUUCGAGUCUUUUGCUGUUGAGGAAGAAGAGGGUUCAGGUGGUUAUGGAACAGUGUAUAGGGCAAGGAGGAAAAGUGAUGGGAAAAAAUUUGCAAUCAAAUGUCCUCAUUCUAAUGCCAACAGACAACAUGUCCUUAAUGAGGUCAAGAUGCUGGAGCGAUUUGGGGGCAAGAAUUUUGUGAUUAAAUAUGAAGGAUCGAUCAAGAAUGGAAGUUCUGAUUGCCUAGUUUUAGAGCAUGUGGAGCAUGACAGACCUGAUGUUUUGAAGAAAGAAAUAGAUGUUUUCCAGAUCCAGUGGUAUGGAUACUGUAUGUUCAAGGCCCUUGCUUGUCUUCAUAAGCAGGGUAUUGUUCAUAGGGAUGUCAAACCGGGAAACUUUCUUUAUUCUCGUAAACUAAAUAAAGGUUACCUCAUUGAUUUUAACCUAGCCUUGGAUAUGAACCAAAAAUAUGGAAUUGCAGAUAAGACAAAAUUGGAACAGGCUACAGGCUUUGAUGAAACCCCUCUUAGCCUUAAAAAAUCUCUUCCUCCAAUUAAAAGUAGAAGAUUUCCAAACAUGACGCUUUUAGAAACCGUCAAUCAGGAAGCAGCAGCGAAAGGCAUCAAGAGGACUCUACAGCCUAAGAAUACAAAAAUGAAGGAUGGCUUAGAAAAGGUUCACCCUGAUAUUGGGAGUAGGAAUAUAAUAAAAAGCCAAGGUGCUGAUGGCUCAGGGUUAACUUCUACAAAGGAACCAACAAGCACCAGAACCCCAUCAGCGGAAAGGUUGAGACAGCCUCUCCCAUGCCAUGGUAGGAAGGAGCUGAUCAGCCUGGCGCAGGAAGCACUGCAAGGUGCAAACCAUAGGGAAGUGAAAGGUCCCACUUCUAAGAGAAAGAGGAUUGCAGCACCUCCUGGAAAAGAAGACAGGCAAUUUGUUUAUGUAACUCCCAUGCCACUGCAUUCUUCUGGAAUUGGCAUUCGUGGUGCUGGGUUACUCAAGAGUAAAGGUGAUGGAAAGCAAAAGCGGGAAGGUUCAUGUGUUGGGACGAAGGGUUUCAGGGCUCCAGAGGUAUUAUUGAGAUCUCUUCAUCAAGGUGCCAAGCUUGAUGUUUGGUCAGCUGGUGUCAGCUUACUGUAUCUUAUGAUAGGGCGAACCCCCUUUGCUGGAGACCCUGAUCAGAACAUAAAAGAGGUUGCAAAGUUGAGGGGCAGUGAAGACUUAUGGGAAGUGGCCAAACUGCACAACCGCGAGUCAUCAUUCCCAGCGGAGCUCUUCGAUGUAAAAUCCUUGCCUUCGGUUAAACUACGAGAGUGGUGUACCAGGAACACACGACGACCAGAUUUGCUUGAUGCCAUUCCUGCAUCGCUUUUUGAUCUGGUGGAUAAGUGUUUGACAGUAAACCCGAGAUUGAGGAUGAGUGCAGAGGAAGCCCUCCGGCAUGAGUUCUUUGAUCCAUGUCACGAGUCUCUCAGAAAAAGGCUGUCAAGACAAGGGGCCAGUAACGACUCGGGGAGUAUCCUUCCUUUAACAGGACAAGCCCAGGCAAGUGGAGUAGGUCUAUGAACAUCUCAAGCUUUCUACAUAUUCUUUUUUGUACUGUAAAAUAGCUUACUAGGUACAACAUCUUGGUAGAUAAGGAAGGAUGUAACAGCAACCUCGUUAAUAUCUGCGACUAAUCUAACUUUUUCUUUCUCAACAUUUAACUAAA